AUGCCGCUGACACAGUCGCCGUCCCACACCCCGCCUGCCUCAGGCAGCGACGGCGACAGGAAGGACGAAGUCGCAAAGACCUGCAUGGCGCCGGAGCGGACGUCGCGGGUGCGAACCUGUUCAUCACUCCGCUCUGGCAGCGGUGCGACAGUCGAUCUCGGCACAUCCGCGGCAACUUCGGAGGUAGUCAGCAGAGACGGUGAGGCUGAGUGCGGUGAUGUUGAAAGCCAUAUCGUGUCAGGCACGCACGAUCAUGCGCUCCUGCUGCCCCGGCUGUCGUCCUCGAUCAACAUUAUUGGCUUGACAUCGUCGCUCCUGCGACGCCAUCUAUCUUCCUUCUUUAGCGGUGACGGCAGCACCAGAACUGCCGCCAGAUGCGACGCCAGCAGCAGUAUGGCGGCACCGGAUCUCACGUCGUCUUUCUCCCAAGCAGCCACAAUGGCGAAGCCGGAGGUGAAUGGAAAGCCGCUCAAGCGACCGCUGGGCUACAGCAUUUACUCGACCGCCGCUGGCGCCUCCGCAUUGACACCAUCGUGCUCCUCAGCCCAGGGCCGAAGUGGCUCCAGCGUUAGCCAUCGUUUUUAUCGGGCCUACUCCCUCUUCUGGGCUGAUGCAGCGGCGUCCUUGGCGGUGUCGUCGACGCUGCUGCGGGACCCAACGCGAAGAGUCAGCGCGCCGCUGCCACUGCGCAGCAGCACUCGGGUUGGUCACGAAGAUGCACCAGAUGCAAGCAUAGAAGCCGUCGUGGCGCCCGCGGAGGAAGAGGACCGCUCAGUGUUGACGAGGGCAACCGCAGCGGCAUCAUCCGUGCCUCGAGCACGGAAGGCAGCACGCGACGGCGGCACUGACGCUAUCCCUCAUCGCCGCAUCGCGAGCGCCGAGCCAAACCGCUGCAGCACCUUUACGGAAGUCACUGCGAAGCAGGCGCCGACGCUGUCGGUGAGCGGAUUUGCAGGGUCAUCCUCUGCUCUGGCCUUUGGCUGCACCCCGCCGGACGACGUCUCUCGGCGCGAGGCGUCGGCGCAGCACGUCGGUGAGGGCGCAAGCAGCUCAUCGAAUGUGAGGUUCUUCUCCUCCACUGCCAUCCCCGGCAUGCUUCACGCGCUGCACGCCGUCCCGGGUGCAGAGCAGCACCGUUGCCUACCGGAAAGUACAGACGACGCGGGUGACUCUCACCAUUCCAGAGGCUGUAGCAGCGACAGCAAGCCGAGAGAUGCCAGCCACGAAUAUGUGGCGAAGGAGCGGAGGCCGAGUUGCUACCAGAGUAACGACUUCCACGGUGCGGCGCGAUCGAGGGGCGGAGAUAUCGAGUGUAUCACUAUGUCUUCUCUCGUUGCCCACGUAGCCGUGCCUCCCACUGUCCAGGCAGUGCUGCGGAACUCGGAUGCCACGAAGGAGGAGCUGUGGAUGGCACUGCGAACAGCCUGCCAGCAAUGUGAAGUGCUUCAGCGUCGUCUCGCUCGAGCUGAGGGUGCGCUGGGCAACGAAGAGGAGGGUGAGUGGGCGGAGGGCGAGGUAGGGGUGACGGCUGAAGGGGGUGCGCUCGCGCACGUCACAGCCCACCGACGCAGCAGGGGCGAUGCGGGCAGGACGUCAACGAGGCCGUCGCGCAGGCACGCCGAUGAUGAAGAGCGCACGGCUCCCAAUGCUGGUGGCGCUGUCGAAGGGACGGGUGAGGCGGAGAAGAGCACCGCAUGUGAGCAGGCCGACUCAGCGCAGACGCGCUGCAGUACCGCUCCGCCGACUCCCACACGAACAAACCGCCAAGUCCACCCGGGACACCGAGCGUGGAGGCGCAUUGCGGAGCUGGCCGCUGCUGCUGCUGUCGCGUCAUGGACUCCCCCACUUCUGUUGUCUGCCCAGUCCGAUGGAAGCACCAACGCUGCCGACUUGGACCCCCAUUCCGGGCGUGGUGGUGACACCGGCGACGCGUCUUCGGUGCUGCGUCAUCGCGUGUCGGAGGCGAUUCGCCGCAUCGAGACGAAGGAAACGGCUCCGCUGCGCUCCCCGCACACGCGCCCCGACAGCAGCGGUUGGGAUGGGCUAACGAGCUCACGUGAUGCCGAUGACACCACACAAAACAGCAGCGACCACCUGCGUAUUUCCCUCUCGCCUCCACCGCAGCCUGAGGCUCAUGGGAGCUGGCACAGCACGUCCUCAUCGGAUCUGCAAGCUAGUGGUGCGCGGCACGUCCGUGCCCAGCAUGACGCACCACCUACUCCUGCACCAACUCUUAGGCUAGCCACGCAUGACCCUCCCGGCCCGACCCGCAUGGAGAGCGGCAGCUUGUCUAGUGGUUCCGACGCAGGCGCAGCGCCGUUACAUGCGUCUAGCAAUGAAGCCGUGGACAGUGGAGGGGAGACGGCCAGCCCUGGCGGAAGUGGCAUCCUUGUCCCACCCACGCUUCCCGCGAUCGCCGGGGUCGAGGCACAAGCCUCCGUCGCUCAAGAGAGCUAUAACUCCGCGGAGCGAAUGCGGCUGGCGCAGCCGCCACAGCAGCAGCUUCACCGCCGUCACCGCGGUGCGUCAUUGGUGUCGCUCUACUCUGCUCCCGCAGUGCUGGACGAGAGCGUGCACUUCAACGGGCCGGCUGCCGCUGCGGAAAGCCUGGCUACACUGCAAGCAGCUGCAGCCUUCAAGUCGGCCAGCUGGCCGUCUAACGGUCUGCAGUCGAGCUACAACGCUAGUCGAAGUGCCGGCUUCCAUAGCCGCAGCCCACUCGCAUUCGGCAGCCCGACGCUGCCGAAUGCAACGCAGCAUCGGUCGGGGUGGACAGCAUCAACAGGCGCCAACGGUGCUUCCACGGCGGUCAUCGCCAGUCUGGUGACUCCUCUUAGCGGUACACUGCCUAGUCUGCACUCUUCCGCUCUUUUCGGAUCUUCGGCCCCUCCGCGUAGUCCUCUCCGCAGGGAGACGAGUAUGUCAUCUGCCGAGUCGGCGUGGUCGCGACAGCAGCAGCAGCACGCAGCGGCGAAGGCGACUCCCUCCAGGGCCGCCGCUGCGCGCAUCUCUGCGGAAGCCAGUCAGCAGCGGUCCCUCUCUUCUACUCGAUCGUGCAGCCCCGACAAGGCGGCUCUUUCGGUCGCCUCCGCGACACUGAAAAUGAUCCGGCAGCUACAGCAGGAGGACGCGCCGGUGCCUCCGGUCACUGACGAUGAUCAGAAGGCAGCGCUGCGUCAGUGGAGGCGCGAGGCAGCGGUGAAGAAGGGAAGCGGGAGCGCGCCCAUGUGCUAG